UGUGUAUCUGUCUGGAUGUGUUGCUAUCUGGAGAACAUGCAUUUUCCUCUUUACCUUUUCAUCAGCAUCUCUCUGACUGCAGAGUGUGUGUGUGGCUCCCUGGAAACUGUGGUGGGUGUGUGGGGUAGGGGGGUGAUUCUGCCCUGCAGGUAUGAUGCUGGGAUCCAAGCGAGUCUGGAGGUGUGCUGGGGGAGGGGGGCCCAGGCGGCUCUGUUCACAUGCCACCACACCCUCCUCUCCACCAACGGGCGAGCUGUCACACACCGGAGCUCACAUAGGUACCGAUUUGCAUUGGGACUCCGUCGCGGGGAUGUCUCCAUGAGUAUGUCUGGUAUUAAAGACUCAGAUGCUGGGUUCUACCACUGCCGGGUGCAGCUACCGGGUCUAUUCAAUGACCAGACCCAUGUAGUCCACUUAAUCAUCAGAACCGAUGUUUCCUUUAUAGCACCUCCUCUACCUGCACACCCCCAUCGCCUCUCUGAGACACCUGUUACCCUAAGUAGUAGAUUCACCACAACGCCUGGAUCCAGUAAGACACCUGGAUCCACGACAACACCUGCUCAUGUUCUGAUGGACCACAUAACUGUACCUGUACUGGGCCAGGUCAAGAGACCUAGAAUUCAGGGCACAGUGUUUCCUCUUAGUGGGCAGCUGGAGAGUUAUCUUGGCAACACAGUUAGAAUGGCCAUCAUCAUCUUCCUGAGUGCUCUGGUCAUUACAGUCAUAUACAGAAUAAGGAUCUCAAGGAAAUACAAAGAUGUAGAAGAACCUGCCAGUUCCUUUAUUGUCUGACGCUGGACUAGGACUUGGAUUAGGACUGGAAACCUGGGGAGAUCUGAAUGAGGGUUCUCAGCAGAUCUUCCCUACUGUUGCUGUCUAAUGAAGCUCUAUAAAUAUAUUCUUUAGUGUUCUUAAUAUUAAUACCGUAACAAAAUGUCUAAUACCAUAACCAUUGUGUAAACAAAGACAUAAAGUGCAUUGAAUGCAAAAGUAACUGUGUGUUCAAGGACAUGCUAAAACAAAUCCAUCAACAUUAAAUAAACGUUGCUAUGCACAAAAGAAGGUGUACUCCACAUUCUAAGGAAACUUUUGAGAAGGAUUUUUUUUUUUAACACUUGACAAUAGAAUGUGCAGUCCUCCACAGACACUUUGACCCAUGC